AAAAAAAAGUCAUGCUCUACAACACGGCGCCCGACGCCCUGUUCGUGCCCCAGACCGCCGUCGACCCCCUCGGCUUCGGCAAAGUCGCCAUCGUCACGGGGUGCGCCUCGGGCAUCGGCCUCGCCGUCGCACAGCUGCUGCUCGCCCACCAGUUCCAGGUCUGCGGCCUCGACGUCGCAGAGUUUGACUAUGCUCUCCUCCGCGAGGCCGACCACGGCCGCUUCCACUUCACCCGCGGCGACCUUACCAAGCCCGGCGCCUGCGAGGACGGCGUCCGUGUCUGUGCGGCUGCUUUUGGGAGCCGCGUCGACGUCCUCGUCAACGUGGCGGGCGUCAUGGACAACUUCAGCAGCGCCGACGGCGUAAGCGACGAGCUGUGGGACAAGGUGAUGGCGGUCAACCUGACGGUGCCCGUGAAGAUGAUGCGCAGCGUGCUGCCGUUCAUGAAGGCCAAGAAGGACGGCGUCAUCGUCAACGUGGCGAGCACGGCCGGCACCAGUGGCGCCGUGGCCGGCAUCGCGUAUACGUCGUCCAAGCACGGUCUGAUUGGCGCCACCAAGAACGUCGCGUGGCGCUUCAGGAACGACGGCAUCCGGUGCAACGCCGUGCUGCCGGGCGCCGUGGCCUCGGACAUUGGCAAGACCAUCAUAGCCGGGCGCAGCCAGCUGUGGGACUCUGAUGCCUUUGCGCAGAUCGAGCCAGUCCAUGCGCUCCAGGCCCAGCCGUCCGCAGCGGCGCCGACCAUCACGGCGCUCGAGGUAGCCAAGACGAUUACCUUUUUGGUCAGUGACCAGGCGAGGACCAUCAACGGCGUAAGCCUGCCGGUGGACAAAGCGUGGGGAGCGGUUUGAGAGUGCUCAGAGGGAAUGGCUGAGAGGGAAUGACUGAGGGUGCAUCAUGCUGACGCGUGAGGAAUGCCAUUAGCCGCACAUUCUGCAAAUGUUUUAUGUUUUCAUCCGUUGUUCAGCGAUGGUAUAAGCGCGUGUAUUUCCAACUUUUCGGCGCAAGGUCCGUAGAUAAACAUGGUUUUUGUGAUACUUAUGUCAUCUCUUAGGCUUAGGCUUAAAAGGCGUCCGGAGCGAGAAAGAGGGCGAGGAAAUACUUGACGUGAUAAGCACCUCAGGUAGGUAGGAGCUAGAUGAGUCCACGUUGCAGAAGCGUCUGUGAAAUAAGAGACGAGAUAAUUCUCAGGCAACCCAAGUUGUGACAUUGAAUCCACAGGUAUUCGUGAACACACGUCACUGCAGUUCACAACCACCGCAGUCUGUAAACAUUCAGUGAUAACAACCCGUCCUCACAAACUCUCUGCUUAGGUUGUUGUGUGCAG